AUGGGUCUCUUCAGCGGUGCCGCCCGAAUCCUCUCCUUCCUCGCCCGUCUAGGAGCCUUCAUCUCCUCCGUCAUUGUCCUAGGUAUUCUAGGACGCAUGUUCUGGAGGCUCCACCGCCUCCACAGACACUAUGGCAGAAAGCUCAUCUACGUCAUUUCCCUGGCGACUCUCAGCAUACCCCUGGCUCUCCUCCUGUUGCUGCCGUUCAUGUUCACAUUCUGGGCGUUCCCGCUGGACUUUGCCUUCUUCGUCAUGUGGAUGGUGGCCUUUGCUCUGUUGACAAACGUACGACUGAUCUCUCACUUCCCCAUGGGCUUCUUGGCAGACAGAAAGUGCAUCUGUUUCCUCAUCAACUUCCUUCUUGGCAUGUACAAGACCUUUACCCGCAAAAAGGAGAAACGCCACGGGACCGAGCAAGCCAUGGCGCAGACUGCGGCAUAA